CCAUACGCAGAGCAGCCCGAGACACCAAAGCGCUGCUAGCUGCUGCUGACGAUCACUUUCUAGGGAAAAUGUCUGCCGGACUCGGAAAAUGCAGCAAAAUCCGCCACAUUGUUAGGCUGCGCCAGAUGCUGCGACAGUGGCGCAACAAGGCCCGCAUGUCGGCCAGACGCAUACCCUCUGAUGUGCCUGCCGGACACGUGGCCGUGUGCGUGGGCAACAACUCCAGGAGAUUUGUGGUGCGCGCUUCCUACCUGAACCAUCCUGUGUUCAAGAAGCUUCUGGUUCAAGCCGAGGAGGAGUACGGUUUCUCUAAUCAUGGGCCCCUGGCGAUUCCUUGCGACGAAGCCGUGUUCGAAGAGGUUCUUGGGUAUAUUUCGCGGUCGGAGUCAGGGAGGUCAGCCCGAUUUGCGAAUACGGAGGAACUUCAUAGGCACUGCCUCGUGGGAAUGAGGAGCAAUCUGGAGGUUUGGGCCGAAUCUCGACCGUUACUUCAUGGUUUCGCCGAAAAAACGAUCUGGUAGGUCGGAAACUGGAGAAAGCCACUACGAGGCCGGAUCAAGCCCCAGUACCGGUGGUAGUCUUCGCGGCCGAGUGAUAGGCCGUAGGAUUUGGCAAGUAGCAGUAAAUAUACCUUAGGACCUUUGUCUUGGGCCGGGUCAUUGUUUUGGUAAUGACUGAGUCGGUCCCUCGGGCGGGGGAGCAGAGGGGAGUGAAGCUUAUACAUGAUGCUGCGGAGGAAGCUGAGGAGAUGGCAGAUACGUGGAGCACACGGAGUCGUCCCGGCUUGGAAUCGGAGCGAAGACUGGAGGCUGUGUACACUGAGACAUUGCUUUCCCUAAUUGAGAAAAGGUGACCGCUUAUGUUGAUGUAACUGUGGGAUUAGCGCCGAUGAAGGGGGUGACUUUUGUAAAUUAGUGACUUUAUUUGAUUGGUGGCGUUUUGGAAAUUAAUGAAAUUGUAGAGAAAUUUGAAAUUAAAA